CUGAUCGAGUUGGAAAAUCGUGUACUUUCAUGCAAAAUCGAACGCGAAUAAACACGGCAAUGCUCGAGCUUUACGUGGUUAUAUAGUGAAUGGGAUGAGCGAGGGUGAGCGUACGCGCCACUACCCGUUCGCUCCUCGAUACUCGUGCCUCUGCUUCGUCCCCUUUUUCAUCGCGGCUUCCUUUUCGUUUUCAUUUCGCGUGUUUAUUUUAGUAAUUCUGGCGUUUAUUAGCAUCGACGUGCCAUGCACCUUGAUAUUUCUUCGGCGUACGGCAGUCGGUAACUCGAUUGUUACUUCGCAAUAUGAUGUCGAGGAGUUUCUUCAAUUUUAUUAAUAGAGUCAUUUUUCAAUUCCUUCCCCUUCUCCCUGUAAUAGUUAGAAACGGCGUUAGGCAGCAUGCAUCACGCUUUUCGUUUCAAAAGCGCAAACGAGCCAUGGUGAUCCGUUUUAGGCUAGAGUUCGGUAGAACUUGCCCGGAGAACGUAAUGAAUGUCCCCUCUUUCUUUCUCUUUCCUCGUCUCGGUUUCUCCGUCAUUUCCCCUUCCACCCGCUUACCGCCACCAUGGCGCUCCGCGCGUUCGCACGGUUGCCAACUGCGGCAUGUUGAAAUUCGCCGGCCAGACCGUGUCACCGGCUCGUCUGCUCCCCUUCUUGCGUCCCGUUGAUCAUCGCACUGCAGCAGCCGCUCGCUCGCUGACCGCGCGUCUUGGUCGCGUCCGCGGUGCCACCGCUCGCUCUCUCUCGCUCGCGCACGGAUCCGACUGAAGCAACGCGACUUUUGCGCGUGUGUUGAGUGGCGGCAACGCAGACAGGUGCGGCCGCCGGAGCCCCAGCGGUCGGUGGCGGUAGUUGGCAGCGCCGCGCAUCGGCGAUUACCUUCAGUUUCGGGCAAGAUGGGCGCAUCUCGCCGGGCAGUAGCUUAGUCUCUACCUACAAGACAACACACACACUAAAUGUUUCCUAUAGUAACAAUUAACCAAUUGUACAUUAAUCUUAUUUAAGGGAAACACACGAGAGAGACAUACACGUACCACACGCUCUACACGCAAGCUCUAUUUUUGUAAUAACGCGCCGUAAAUUAAAGUAGUUGUGCUCCGCGGAGAUUCAACGCGGUGUAAUUUGUACGACCGUUGAAAGAGUAGAGAGAGAGAGAGAGAGAGAGAACCGUUUCGUUUCUACGUGGACACGGAUAGAAAGAUACGCGAGAGGAGAGAAGAGUGGAGAAGCGCUGUGCGGGAACGAGGGAGAACGAGAUUAUUGCGUGAAACGACAGCAAGAGGAAGAAGAAUAGCGGUGGCGGCGGUGGAACAUCAGUAAAGGAGCGGCCGUUUGUGCGUGUGAUUCGCGAAGCGACCCUGGCGGCGGGAUAACAGUAGUUGCCUGGACGUUAACGACGGCGUCGACGAGGCAGCCGCACAGGCCGGGGGACUCGCUCGAUCCACGAGCGGAGCAACGGAGAACGAAUCGUUCGUGGGAGAAGGCCGACACGACGGCGUACAGCCUGCCACCGUGUCCCCGACGCACAGUGUCUGUCGAGCAACGGCAACGACGUAUCGGAAGCGCGAGGCGGCUGAUAAGCGGCGGAGUGACUCCUCCGCUCUAGUAGACGGUGCAGUCCACGGCGGUCGCAGCGCCGUUAGUUUUUGCGUUUUGCGGCGCGUUGCGGUGCAGCGCAGCGUGCGCGCUCUAUUCUCUCUCUUCUCCAUUUUAUUUCUUUUUUUUAUUUCCUUGAAGACAUUCGAGUCGGGUGUGUGCAGUGCGUGAGUGCGUGAUUUUGAUACGUAUAUAGAGUAACGAGGGGAGAAGCUUAACGACGACGACGCCGCCGCCGUUGAUGACGAGGAAGAAGCACGCGCGCGCGCAAGCGGGCGAACGGCAAGAGUGAAGCGCAACACCGGCUGUCGGCGUGCCGCGGUGGAAGUUGAAAAAAAAGCAAUAGCAGUUUUAUCCGAUCAGUGUCGCCGGUGAACGAAGAAACUCAUCGUGCGGUGGUGCGGUACGCCAAGUGACGUCGUCGGCUGAAAGGCAGACGAGACGUGCGAGGCGCCGACAAACAAGAAGAAAAGGAAGAGGAGGCUACUGUGCGGGAGGAGAAACAGGCGGAGGAAGAGGAGGAGGAGGAGGUGAAGGAACCGGAGCGGCGGCGCGAAAGCGACCGGCGACGGACGGCUGACGGUUUUUAGUCUGCGCAGCGUCACGCCGGCGUAUUAUUGUUAUUAUUGUUAUCGUCGAGACUGCAGCUGUAUCGUCCUCUCGACGGGUGACGCGACGGACACCGCUACUAAGAGGCCGCUAACAUGUCCGUGAGAAUGGAAAACGUGGCCGCGCGGAAGAUCAAUUACAAAAUGAUGAACACCAACGGACCGAGGCCGACGUACGUGGGCGCCAAUAACGGAAACGCGGGUGGCGCCGGCGGCGGCGGUGGAGGCGGUGGCGGCGGCGGUGGCAGCACCGGGGGCGCCGCUAAUGCCGGCAGUGUUGGCGUUGGUCCCGCGACGGGCGCGGGUGCUGGUGGCGGCGGCGGCGGUGGCGGCGGCGGCGGCGGCGGCGGCCACGGAUUGAAGGGCAACACGGGCGGCGGACCGCGUGGCGGUAACCCUGUGCAGUAUCGUGCGAGCGGCGGCGGCGGCGGAGGUGGCGCUGCCACCUGGAGCACGGCGCCCUCGCACGCGGCGGUGGCCGCAGCGGCGGCAGCGGCGGCCGCGUAUCCCACUUUCACGCGCUAUCCGCCGAAUACAGCGGGGACGGCCACCGCGGUUGGUGGCGGUCCUCAGCAGCUGCCGGCCUCUGCGAAUCCUUUCGUCACCGCCACGUACGCGCAACACGCGACGUACGGUGGACAACGGGUGCCUACAGCUUCAUCUCCAGCGAACACUAACAGCAGCUCUAGCAGUGCUACUGGUAGUCAAAGUGGCACAAUGAGCACGAAUCUUAGCAACAACGCCAUGCAGGGACAGCAAGCAGAGCAGCUAUCCAAAACAAAUCUUUACAUUCGUGGCCUCAAUCAGAAUACCACUGAUAAGGAUCUUGUUAGCAUGUGUUCUCAAUAUGGAACGAUAACCUCUACCAAGGCGAUUUUGGAUAAGAAUACAAAUAAGUGCAAAGGAUACGGCUUCGUAGACUUCGAAUCACCGAUGGCGGCAGAGGGUGCUGUGAAAGCAUUAGUCGCUAAAGGAAUCCAAGCUCAGAUGGCCAAAGUGGGUAUCUGGUUGCUCCGUAGACUGGACAGUCAACAGGAGCAGGAUCCUACCAACCUGUAUAUUGCCAACUUGCCGCUGAACUUCAAGGAAAAUGACGUUGAAGCAUUACUCGCUCAAUACGGUCAAGUGAUUUCGACGCGUAUUCUUCGUGACACCUCCGGCCAAAGCAAAGGUGUCGGAUUUGCAAGAAUGGAAAGUAAAGAAAAGUGCGAGCAAAUUAUCCAAAUGUUCAACGGCAAGGCUCUGCCAGGAGCAAAGGAUCCGUUGUUAGUCAAAUUCGCCGAUGGAGGAAACAAGAAGAAAUCGUUGUUCAAAAGUACAAUAUGGAGAGAAACUGGAGAAAACAUGACUUUGAACUACGAUACGAGCGGUGUCGGUCAGAACGGCGUUGCUGCGACUCACAUGCUCCCGGCGGCGACUCUGACGCAAUAUAGUCGUCACUACGGUCAGUUGCCUGGUUACAGUGUGCCAGGCACUCCUUGGGUGGCUCCUUACCUCGUGCACCCUUCCCCACCACAUAUGCAACAGGUUGACAUGAUACCGUCGGCCGAUCCUAGCAAUCCGCAGUACAGUAUGAUUCCUCAGCUUAGUGCACAAAUGUCUACCUUGCAUCUCGGCACUGGUUCCGUAAGUGGUUACUAUUCGAUUAUCGAAGAAUACUGCAAAGAUUUCAACUACAUAGCGAGCCCGCAUCCGUAUCCCUAUACUACUUAUCCCGCUCCUAGCAUUAUUCACACCAUGCCGCUAGGCGAGUCGGAGCAAACGAGUAACGCUGCGUCUCCCGAUGACUCUUACCAACAGUACCAGGCUCAGCAGCCGAAGUAGGCCACGGUUUAUAAUAGAUGUACGAUCGCGCUAAGGGUUACGUAAAUUAGAAAAAAAGCGUAUUGAUUGAUUCAUGAAGACACGCGCAGAGCGAGCGAGCGAGCGAGAGCAAGACACCGAGUGGAUUAUAAUAAGAAGAAUAGAUUUGAAACAAAAGAUACAUUACGUAACGGAUAAGAUUCUUCCUCACGAUAAAUUGACUUACCAGCGAUGUUUUAUACGUUUUAUCCAUCAGUAAGUAGGAAAAUAUAGUUCAUAUUUUGCAACGAGUAGGCUGAGUGCAUGUAGAGAGAAAGAGAGAGUGAGUGAGAGAAAGAGAAAGAGAGAGAAAGUGAGUGAGUGAGUGAAUGAGAAAGAGAGAGAGAGUGCGAGAGAGCGAAAGAGAGAGAGAGAGUAAGAAACGAAAGAAAUAGAGGGGACGAGAAUGUGCGAGCGCGACCGCGUGUCAUCUGCGCAAAUCGGCACGUGUUUCCGCACCGGUACGGCCCAUUGAAGCUACGUUAAUGGCAUCACAUACGCUAAACGAAAAAAAAAAGAAGAAAAAAACCGAGAAGAAACAGUUUAGUGUCAAGCUGAUAGGCUUCCAUGAUGUAACUUUAGAUACUACAUUUAAAAUAGAGAAAGAGAUGACACAGAAGCUAGUCGAAAUUGAUUUCGAGAGCUCGAGAGUGUGGACAAGUAUUUUUAAUGAAUGGGAGAGAAUAGGUAUGUUUGUGUAAAAUAUGUAA